AUGGCUCGUGUUCAGGGCUCGGCCUUCGGGGCCUGCGUGACUCCCCAUGUCCGUAUUCCGUCCGUCGCUGCGGAAGUGCAGUCCAGUCGGCGGGGACAGAGCGGGACAGAGCGGGCGUCGCGUCCUCCGGAGCUCGGAGCCUCCGUAGCCGGCUCGGGUCUGACCCUGCCCCGGCAUGGAGCCGCGCUCCGGCCUCCGAGGCGCCUCCGAAGGCUCCGGCCGUCCCGCUCCUCCCACGUCUCAGACAGACGCGGAUCUGGCCGAGCACCAGGACAGGCCGGACGAGCCAACCUGCUCCGCCGUCCGGCUUCCUCGUCCACUUGCCAGCCGGACGCGGCCCGAAGGGAGGCGCUACAAGCACCAGACCAGCCGAGCAGCCCCGGCCCGGCCUCCUCUGCUUGGCUUGGCCCCCCUUUAGAGUCUGGCUCGGCCGGACCCCCAAGCCCCAACGGAGCCAAGCCGUGCAAAGCCCCUGCUGAAGGUGGUCCUUGUUGGAGGCCUCCCCGCGGCCGCGGUCUGGGAGUGUGGAAAGAACGAGACGAAGCCGGCGCCAUCCCCGAGGCGGGAAGGAAGGAAAAUGCCCCAAAGCGUCACGGGGUGUCCAGGGGGGGCCCCCCGCCUCUCCCCGGGGAAGCGGCGGCUCCGCGCGGCAUUCCCAGCCCAACACCCACAAGGUUUCCCCGAGUGGAGACCCCGGCCGCAGCCCUUCGCCUCGGCCGUGUGGAGCUGAACCGAGCACUAAACCGCACCGCGGAGACUGGCCCGGCCAGCCUUCCCUCCGGAGGACGGACGCCCUCCUUCCCCAGCCCCUACCGCCCGAGCGGCCAACCGAAGCUUAGGAGCCCCUCGGACCGGCCCGAGGAGAGGCGUGGCUGGCCGCUUGGCUCCAACACUGUGCCAGGCCGGGCUCGGCUCAAGGCCUUCCCUGAAGGGGCCCCUCUUCCCCGGGAGCUCACCGCCAAGCCCUGGCUGGCCCUGAAGACUGUUGGGAAGUGGCCCCGGGGCCCGGCCGGAGCCCUCGCCGCCUCCUAA